AUCCGAGUAUCCAACGUGCGGAGGCGGACCAAGAAAUUUACAUGCGGCUGAUACUUUGGCUCUUCCCCGUGAAGCAAACUAGGACACGAUUCUUGUAUAUUUAAUCAAAAAUCCCGUCACAUUUCUUGAAUCCCUACCUCUACUUCUGUGUACAAUGGCCGUGGGGGUGCUUGCUUUACAGGGGUCUUUCAACGAACACAUAGCAGCGUUGAGAAAGCUGGGAGUGAAAGGGGUUGAGAUAAGGAAGCCAGAGCAGCUGCAGAUUGUUAGCGCCCUCAUUAUUCCAGGCGGCGAGAGCACUACCAUGGCGAAGCUUGCCAAGUACCAUAACCUUUUUCCUGCUUUACGUGAGUUUGUAAAAAUGGGGAAACCAGUUUGGGGGACAUGUGCAGGCCUUAUUUUCUUGGCUAACAAGGCCACAGGGCAGAAAACCGGAGGGCAGGAACUAAUUGGGGGCCUUGAUUGUAUGGUUCAUCGAAACUUCUUUGGCAGUCAGCUUCAAAGCUUUGAGGCGGAACUUUUGAUUCCCAAACUUGUGGCUGAAGAAGGAGGUCCUCCAAGUUUCCGUGGGGUUUUCAUUCGUGCUCCAGGGAUCAUUGAAGUAGGUCCAGAAGUAGAAGUUUUGGCAGAUAUUCCCACUCCAUCUGACAAAAAUGUUCACUCUGGUCCUUCAGUUGAAAGCCAACAGGAGAAUGCCACAAUGGAGAAUAAAGUAAUAGUUGCAGUAAAGCAGGGAAACUUGCUAGCAACUGCUUUUCACCCUGAAUUGACUGCAGACACUAGAUGGCAUAGUUAUUUCUUAAAGAUGACGAGUGAAAUAAGCGAAGAUGCUUCAAGUAGCAUCAUCUCCCAGUCGACUGAGGAUCCACACUUUCAAAAGCCGCCAAUAUUCGACCUUCCUAUAUACCAACAACAGUGACCGAAAAAGUAUUCAAUGUCGGACAGUCAAUUCAUUGCUGACAGAAAUUCUUUACAUUCAGUGGACUUCUUUCAAAGUGGAAGUGCAAUGUUAGUGUUCUAAUAUUUGGUACAGAGCUUGUGAAAUGCUAUUUAUGUUUAGUUUCUCUUAGAAAUAGAGGUUUUGUGUUAGCCAGUUCAGUUCUCUCCUUUCUCUUUUGUGGCAAUAAAUUGUAUAUCAUGAAAUUAGAUCUCCUAAACUGAAAGCAGGAGAUUUUUUUAGCAUGUUUGGUUAAGAUUAAAAGGUUCACUUAUAAUGAAUUUGGACCUCGUACUCAUCAAGGAUCACACAGGAUAGCCAGCAUGGCGCAAGAGCCUGAACACCCCGGUCAAAGCUCCAGCUUUGAGCCUGGGCAUCACGAGCUGGAUGAUCGGCUCACUUUUACACCACCAAGUUGAGGAAUUUGUGGAUUUUUGGUAGAAAUGAAAGUGAGAGCAAGAAAUGGUUCAAUUGCCUCUACCCUUUCUUCAUCCAUAGAGUUUCCCCUUCUCCUUUAAGUUACAAAGAGUAACAAUCCAACUUUGUGCUCAUUGGGGUUCCAAAGAUGUCACACUCAAAAUCUGAGCAUAAAGCUGCAUAUAUUGGCCACAAUGAAGAACUUCUUUAUGUUUUAAAGGCUUGGAUCCAGUGGAGAUGCGCUAGCACUGCUUCCAAAGAACCGCGUAACUUGAAAGAGAGGCUUGUAAUGCAAAAUGCUGAGCAAGGCCAUGCAUUUAUGACAAUGUAAAGCAAGGGUACGAACGUAAGGAUUCAUCAAUGUAGAGGUUCUUAUAAGUUGUUGACUUUAAAAAAUCGUUCUUAAAGUGAUUAUUAUGAAUGCCUUGUAGAUGAGUUCAAGAUUAAACCAUAGAAAAUGUCAUACAACUUGAUGCAGCGUAAGUUCGACUCAAUUCAAUAAAAUUUGCCUCGAUUUGAUACUUC